AUGGGAUGGCGCUAUCAAAUCCCCUUCUUCCUACAACAUGGCUUUCGUGUGGUUUGCCCUGACUGCAUUGGGUACGGGCGAUCAGUGGGUAUAUCCUUGUUAAAUCAUGGCAAGAAAUACUCAUUUACGCAGGACUCGCCAACUGAAUCCCUCUCUCCAUACUCUCUGAAGUCUCAAUGCCAGGAUUUCCGCGACCUUGCAGAGAAACUCGGCUGCAGAAGUAUCAUCGCUGGAGGCCAUGACUGGGGUGCUAUGUUCGCUUACCGGUUCGCACUCUAUUUUCCUGAAUUCGUAACGCACCUCAUCACAUUCGUCGUCCCCUACAUACCCCCAUCGCCGGAAUACGUGAGCCCAAUUGAUCUUGCCAAUUCGACGCCCUCCUUCGGAUACCAAACACAACUCGGUAGUGAGGAGGGUAUAAUCGAAGCAAACACACAGGACAAAGACGGGGUUUAUCGGUUUUUGAAUACACUGUAUGGGGGAUCAACGAGCGAUGGCAAGUACGCCUUCAGCGCGAUGGCUGGGGUAGACUUUGCUCUAGCCUCGCAGCUGUCACGCACAAGGUUGCUCGACGCCGAGGAGAUGGAGUAUUAUGUGAAUGAAUACGCGCGAAACGGGCUUCGGGGCCCGUGUGAGUUUCUCUCCGUCGUUGUCAGGCGACUCUAUACGGCAACUACUACCGCACACACCACCUAA